CAGCCUGCCGGCCCAGGCCAAGUUCACUGCGAAGGUGGCCUACGAGAUGAAGGAGAACGAGUACCAGCUGGAACAUGACAGCUGGACCGGCCGUCUGGAGGCUCUGACUGAAGACGUGAAGGAGAGAAUCUACAACGUCCUGCUGUUUGUGGACGGGGGCUGGAUGGUCGACGUCAGAGAGGAUACGGAGGAGGACCCGGAGAGAGGUCACCAGAUGGUGCUGCUCCGUAGACUCUGUCUGCCCAUGAUGUCCUUCCUGUUGCAGACGGUACUGCAGAGAACACAACGUCACCAGGAGAGUCUCAGACUGGCUGAUAUCAUCGCCUCAGAUCAACACCGCCUCUACGAGGUGUUCUCCAAGGAUGAGCUGAGGAAGUUCCUUCAGAAGAUGAGAGAGUCGUCUCUUCUCUUAUGGAUAAGGGUCUGGACCCGCUGGUACGAGAUCCAACAUAAAUACACCCCACCCGGACAUUUUGUUUCUCUUUUUUUUAUAUUAUUAUUUUUUUUGUUGCCAAAUUUAAGUAAUGGAGUGAAUGAUUUCUGCAUUUUCUUCUGUGGCUUCGUGGCUUUCACCAAUCUGUCUUUACAAAACAACACCAUCGGCACUUACCAGCUGGCCAAAGUGCCCAUAACGUUAGGUGUGAUCCUCAACUCCUACUAUGAUGUGAGAUUCAACCUCCUGGGGAUGGUCUUUGCCACACUAGGAGUGUUCGUCACCUCCCUCUAUCAGGUG